AUGGCUCUGAAUACUAAUUAAUCAUUAAAGAAUCUUGUUUAGCAAGAGCACAAAAGCAUUAAUUAAUCUGAGAAACUUGUGCUUCUAGCUUAGUUCUUUUAAUUUAUUGCUUCACAUGAAAAACAGAUGGAGAUUAUAAGAGAAAUACUAUUUGAGCAAAAGGAAUUAAUUAACAAUGAUCUUUACUUGUGGAAUAUUUAUAAUCAUUUUGACUAAGGAAAAAAGGGAUUCUUAACUUAAGAGGAUUUCAGCAGGUUCUUUAUGAAAACUAGAUUGCAAGAAGAAUAAUAAACUCAUCAUAAUAGAUAUCUUGAUCAUCUGGUAGAGUUCUAUUCAUCUGAUGAAAAUCCUUUUAAAUUGCAGUUUAAGGAGUUCGCAACCAUUUUUUUGCCGAAAUAUAAGUACAGGAUUUCAAAGCCGUUAAUAAUUACUGAAGAGUACUUAUAGCAUAAUAUAUCAACACAGGAUAACUAAAUCACCUAAGAAAUCGAGCAUUGCUUAGCUCGUGUCCUUGAAAGAGAACUAGAAUUCAUGAUCAAAAGAAGAGAUUUCAUGCUUUAAUUUGAAAAAUCUUACUCAGACUCAAAAGGAAUAGAUUACACUAAGCUUUUUAUAGAUCUAGACUCAUCUCUAAGUGGACUGAUCAAUACAGAUAAAAUGCUAACAUAUCUAAUGAGACUUCCAUAGGUAUUUUCAAGCAGAGACGCAGAAGCUAUAGUCAACAGAAUAUAGAAGGAUAAAACUUCCAUAUGUGGGUUUAACUUUCUUGACUUCAAAAAAUUAUUCCAGUAUAAAAAUUAGAUUGCUGAGCCUGUAAUUAUUAGAGAAUAUUAAGAAAGCAUUCCAUUAUCAAGACAAAAGAGUAACUCAAACUCAAAUCUACAUUCAGCACAAAGAUAAUAGAGGAAUUCGAGCAGUAGAUCUAGGAAGAAUUCUACUAAGAAAGUAAGUAAAUUUACUACUCUGAGAAACUCAAGAUCUACUAAUGAAUUCAAAUUAGGAGGAGCCUAGAUGUAAUCACCAACUAAAUCUGGAAGCCUCUUUAAAGGAAAUCCAUACUCAUAAGCGAUGACUUACAAAACAUCAUUUGUAAAUAAUUAAGAAUUAAGUAAUUCCCAGAGCGAAUAUUACAAUUAAUCUACUACUAAAAAAGAUGGCGGCUAUACUAGUAAAUCAAGAUCUAAAAAGAGAUCAUUAAUGACUUCAUAGUCUUAAUAAUCCUUCCAUUGGAAUAAAAGCUAAUUGCAAGGCACUAAAAACAAAAGCAAAAAAUUGUUUGAAACUUAAUUUCAUAACAGUCCUUAUGUAAAGCCUUAAAAGAAACCAUAAAACUAUACAAUGAAAAAUAGCACUCUCAAGACUAGUAUAUACGCAACAAAGUCUUUUAAAACAAAUAGAGUCUUAAAGGAAUCUACUAAUACAUUCCAAUCAACUUAAUCUAUUCCAUCAGUUAAAGUUAAAGAAUAUAAUUUAAGCGAAAAAGGUAUUAAGUAAAUGUUUGAAAAAGCUAAAUAACAGAUUGAGAGAAAAAGAACCGAACUUAAAUUAAAAUGA